GAAAACCAUUAAUAGCACUUCUCAAGAAGCCGCUGAGCAGGUGCCAAAUACAAGGCAAAGCAUAGAGGGUGGGGAGGGGGGCUAAAUGAAUAUUUACGAGAAAUGAAGUCUUGAGCAGCUCAGUGAGCGAAGAUUCACACCCAGACUGCUGUUAAUAGCACAGGUGCAGCUCGGCUCGGCUCGGCUCGGUUCGAAGGCGCCGCGCUGUGACGUCAUGCCAUUCUCAUAACCCGAUUCCUGGAACGACUCUGAUCAGAAGGGUCAGACCCUGACGAGUCGGUCGCGCACUUUCCGCAGACAGAAAAAACAAGUCAUAACCACUGAUAAUUGUGUCACCCCCGCUCCCUGUGUGCGUGUUCGUGCGCUGAGACUCACCGAAGAGAGAGAUUUCAUUUCGUUUAUUUUCCUUUAGGGAAGCUACCCUCUAUUUCGCGUUCCUCGGAUAUUUAAUUUAGUCGUGCGCGCUGUUUGAACACUUUCAGAAGACGGGAAUUUGACCUGCUGGAGGUUGAAUUUUGAAUAUUGCCUUUGGAGGAAAGAAAAGAAAAGAAAAGACAAAAGCGGACAGGACAUUGUUUCAUUGAAGGAUCUGUAAACCGAACCUGGCAUGAUCCUUUGUGUUCAGAGCCCCAGACCCCUGCUCCCACAGCAGGCUGCAGUCCUCUCUCUGCCGGAGAUGCUGAGCCAUGCGGAGAGGAGGGAGGGCUCCAUCACCUGCCAGGACCCCCACUCGACCUUCCCCGCCCCCCAGCCUCCCCCCUUCUGCCUGACGAGCCCCCCCAGAGUGCGGGGCCCCAGUGACGACCUGCGCUGCAUUACUGAGACCCUGGGCCACCUCAGCACCUCAGGCUGGUACUGGGGUGCGAUCACAGCCAGCGAGGCGAGGGCUGAGCUCCAGCGGGCCGAGGAGGGCACGUUCCUGGUGCGGGACAGCAGCCACCCCCUGUACAUGCUGACCCUGUCCGUGAAGACCAACCGGGGGCCGACCAACGUGCGCAUUGAGUACAGCCAGGGGAACUUCCGACUGGACUCCAGCUGCCUGGUCAAGCCGCGCGUCCUGGCCUUCCCGGGCGUGCUGAGCCUCGUCCAGCACUACGUGGACUCUUGCGUGGGGGCAGCGGAGAGGGUGGAGGGUCCUCCAGUGGUGGACGUUCUCCCCGAGCACAAGGACAGCGCCGUGCUGCUCAAGCUGGUCCGGCCGCUGCACCGCAGAGAUGCCUUCCCCUCCCUCCAGCACCUCUCACGCCUGGCCAUCAACAGACUGACCGCCAGCCCCGAGCAGCUGCCCCUGCCCAGGAGCGUGCAGGAGUACCUGCAGGUGUAUCCCUUCACACUGUGAGCCGAGCGCAGGCAGAGCUGAGAAACACGAGGGGCCACCAGCCUGCUCCACUGCAGUUUGAGUGAGGGGGUGGACUUUACAAGGACCACACCCGCCCCCUAACUACUGACAAACAGGAGGGGCAACACAGAACUUCCGGAUGGCCAAUCGCAGGCUGGGGAUCGAAACGGGGCGUGGCUACAAGGACCGAUCACGCCCAUGGAGGAGGAGCGCAGCCCUCCUGCCCGAUCAGUGCGAGGGAUGGUUUUUAUAAAGACAGACUUUACCCCUAGCUGUCCUGCUUGACUGGCCCUGGUUUGGGCAAAAGCACUUUCUUUUAUUUCUGGAACUAUGUUUAUGUUUUUAACUUACUGAGAUUGCUGAUAUUUUGUUAUAAAAUAGGUGCUGACCUGUAAAUAUGGAAUAAAUAAAUAAAUACAUUGUUUUUGUUGCAAAAACUACUUGUUA